AUGUCGCUCAAGUCACAGAGCAUGUUGUUGGCAUUUGGCGACAACAGCAGCAGCAACAUUGGCAAUUUGCAGACGCUACAAGUUGACCAUGCAACUAAAGUUGAUUUGGAAACGAGUUGCAACACAGCCGCAACAACAGCAACUAAAUUGUAUCCACAGCUGCUGCUGCGCAUUGGCCAAGCUGAUAUCGAAGCUGAAACAGAGACAGCAACAGCAACAGCAACAGAGACAGAGGCCGGGGUUGAGGCUGCAGCAGCAUCAACUAUAAUCAGCUGCAAUGUUGCUGCUGCUGAUGUUAGAAACGUGUUGCCAGCUGGUGAAAUUGCUGAGAGCAACAAUGGCAACGACAACGCUAGUCAGUUGAUGUUAGUCGAUUGGACAACGGCAACGAGUGCGUUGACCAAUGCACAGCACACGGUCAAGAUACAAAUAGCCAACGGUCAAAGUGCGCCCACAGCAGCAGCAACAGCAACAGUUGCAGGUGCAACAGCAGCAGCAACAGUUGCAGAUCAACGCAAGUUGGGCAAACAAAUAAGUGUGGUCAAAUUGAACGACAGUCAAAGCAACAGCGAGAUGUUGUUGCAGUUAAAGCAGCAGCAACUAUUGCAAGUGCAGCAGCAGCAGCAGCAACAACAACAACAACAGCCCUAUCAACUGUGCUAUUUGGUGUCAAGUGGACAAUAUUCACCUUGCGAGACGCUCGACAGCGGCACGGGCAGCGAUCUGGAGAGCAUCAAGUCCCCCGACAGCAACAGUUGCAGCAGCAAGAGCAACAGUUGCAACUUGAGCGGCAGCAACAACAACAGUGCCACGCCUCAAUUGCAGCUACAUUUGAAGACAACACGCAUACGUGUUAACAACUCGAGUGCGCCAAGUGGCAUGCCACAUGUGCAACGCGCCUACAGCUUGACCGACGACAGCGAGGAAUGCGACGAGAGCAGCAGCUCCCUCAGCUGCGAUUCCCUGCACUCCAAUGAAGCAGCGCCGCCUCACAAACUGGGCUCACUUCUGCCCAGUUCCUUGUUGCACGAUAUACGCAACCGCGAGGGCGAUGGGGAGGGAGAGGGGCAGCGGGAGUUGCAACAUGUGAUGACUGCCACAAAAAUUGAUGGAAGACCGCUGCAAUUCGAAGCAGAUCAAUUUUAUAAUUUCCAUGUCAAUGAGCAUGAUAAUUAUCGCAGUUUUGGGCAAUUGUACGAUUAUACGACGCACAGCUUGCAAUCAGGAAAUCAACAGCAACUCCUGCAGCCAGAGGGGGAGGAGGAGGAGCAGGAGGAUGCCUUUGUGGGCUACAAGGAUGUGAGGCGUGCCUCGCAGGCAUCCACAAUACGCUCCUCGAAGGGCACCGUUCGCGGCGUCAAGAAUCGUGUGCGCAAUGGAGUAGCCACCUUCUUGCAACUGCAACAGCCCAAUGCCAAGAAUUACAAGGAGAAGGAUGUCGGCAAAGUUGUGUUAUAUACGACGAGCAUGGGCAUUAUACGAGAUACUUACGGUAAAUGCGCGAAUGUCAAGCAAAUACUGCGAACACUGCUCAUCAAGUUUGAGGAGCGUGAUGUCUUCAUGAGUCUCGAGUAUCAACAGGAGAUGCGAGAUCGCAUGCAACACGAAACGAUACGUGUGCCACAAUUAUUUGUGGAAGGCCAGCACAUUGGUGAUGCCGACACUGUGGAGCGUCUAAAUGAAAGCGGUGAACUGCGUCAACUGCUGAGACCAUACAAGUCCAUUGCCACGGCGUACACCUGUCAAAUGUGCGGCGGCUAUCGAUUGUUGCCGUGCCCCUCGUGCAACGGAUCCAAGAAGUCUGUGCAUCGAAAUCAUUUUACCACCGAAUUUGUGGCUCUCAAAUGCAUGAACUGCGACGAGGUGGGUCUGGUCAAGUGUCCCAAUUGCUAGGAUUCCACAAGGGACAACUUUUAACCUGCAACCUGCAACUGGCAAAUCAAACCGAACCGAAGCUGUCUAAAUUUAAUUUAUUCACUCGCGUACCAUUUUUGUUUCGUAUCUUCUAAUCUUACGAUAUCUAUCCAGAUUAAUAUUUUUUUUUUUUUUGAGAUAUACCAUAUAUUUUUUUUGUAUGUAUCUGCUUAUGCUACGAAGCGCAAAUGUAGUCGUUUGUUAUUAACAGUUGUGAUAUUUGAAUCAGUUAUGCUGCAAAAGUUUCGCAUAUUUGAAACUUGAGCACAGCAUCUGACAGCAAUGGCCCUGGGAAAGUGAGCGGAAGAACUGCACAAGAAAUAUAUAUUUACAUACUUACUCAUA